AUUUUAACGUCUUGCGGCGUUCUCGCUUUCGAAACGACUUGUUUGUUUUUGAUCAUGCAAUGUUCUCAGCUAGCUAGAAGAAUGCUAGUUUGUCGCUCUUCAUCGGGAGUCCAUUGGUCUUUUUCAGUAUUAAUUAAUAGAUUUGUAACAGUUCUCUUAUAACCCUUGUCUUUUACUGUUGUUAUAUCAGGGUAAAUACGUAUUCAUUAUAUUUUUUAUAGCAAAUAUGGUUGCUUUGUUUACAUAGCUAGCUUAGUUAGCAUGUUGCACAGAAGACCAGUAUUUGGAGUGUAUAAGUUACGAGCCGAGGUGUUUACUACCAAAUUACAUAAUUAUGACACAAGGAAAGUUUUUCGUGAACAUUUACAGACGUUUUUAAUUUAUUUGUUUAUUUAUUUAUUUUAAUAAAAAUGAAAAUCGAUGUAAAAAAAAAGGAUAAAGAAGAUGGCUCUUUAAUCUUCUGGACAGUGUUGUUUGGCCAAAACAAUUUUACAGUUUUCCAGACUUUUCCAGAGUCCAUUAAGGACAUUCUUGGCAAAUCAUCUACUAAUUUUUGAGUGUGUACUGCAUAAGAAUAGUGUAGCUUGUCAAAAAGCUUAGACGAUUGUAAGCUUGUGAUUCUUUUUAAAUCAGAUAAUUAUCAAUAUAUAGUAAACAAUGCAAACUAGCUUAAUGAUUUUUAAUAAUUUUGUUAGAAAUAUAUUUACUAUUUGAUCAUCAGUAUUUUAUUUUCUUCUGAUUUAAAGUUAAAGUCCCAUUGAUAUUUGUUCUCCGGCGGUGAGCUGCUGACACAGCCGCACUUGGGAACCAUUUUGUGGUUUAACCCCCAAUCCAACCCCAAGUAUCAAGCAGAGAGGCACUGUGUCCCAUUUUUUUAGAGUCAUUGGUAUGACUUAACCUUGAAUUUGAAAACGCAAUCGUCCAGUCUCAGGGAGGACACUCCAGCACAAGGCCACGGAGCCAGUCAAUUUGAGAAUAACUGAUAAAACUUUGCUUGAUUUAGUAAUACAAUUCUGUUAAUGUGCUUUUUUUCACUUUCUUCUAACUGGCCUUUUUUUUAUUAACAGCUCCAUUCAUAUGCUUUUACUGAGGACAAGUCUUAAGCUCAACUACUUAACAGAGUCACCGUUUGAUUAUGGCAGAUCAGGAUCUUGGCGGGGCAUCUGGGUUUCCCUGCAAACAAUGUGACAUGUUCUGUCCCACCGUAUCCAGUCUGCUGGAGCACAUGGAUGUGCAUCAUCGACAAGAGGAUGAGCGCAAAUAUAAAUGUGAUGAAUGCGGACGUUGUUACAGACAUGCUGGCAGUCUGACUAAUCACAGAAGGACUCAUGAAGUGGGCCCUUUUCGGUGUCCCGUAUGUGGAAAAGAAAACGCCAAUGCUUCUGCUUUGAAGAGCCAUCUCCGUGGCCACACUGCGUUUAAAAAAUACUCCUGUGGUGAGUGUGGCAAAGGCUUUCGUGUAGCAACUCAACUUGCUACACACGAGAGAGUUCACCUGGCACAGAAAGUGAAAGAAGAAUCUAGUUAUGAGUUUAGAAAUGAUGCACCACAUCAGGGCAGAGAACAUUUUUCCAGUGUUGAGGUGAGCUUAUGCGAAGACAAGACAGAAGAACUUAGUAACUCACAAUUUGAGGCCUGCGAUGAAUCAGAAGAAAGACCGUUCAGGUGUGACAUGUGUGGCAAAUCAUACAUACAUCAACGAAGUCUUAACAAUCAUAAAAAAAGUCACCAGUUGGGAAAGUUUGAAUGCUCAGUUUGUUUUAAACUCUUUAAUAACAUGGCAGCUCUCUACAGCCAUCAGAGAAGUCACAAAGCAAAAAGUGGGUCAGACUUCAGUUUGACAGACAGGUCUCACACAGGUACAGAACUUGACCAAUUCUCACCUCAGAGCCAGAGGGCUCCAGAAAAUUUUUGCCAUUUGUGUCAGGUCCGCCUUUCAACGGAGGAGGCAUUUCAGGAACAUAUCCAAAUGCAUAACUCUUCAUCUUUAUCAUUCAGUAUAGAAGACGCUCCGUCAGAGAAUCACAAUGUGUCAUACGAUGUUGGUGUCUCACCAGAGUCAAAUCUUUACGGUUCCAAUAAUUGUAUCCCUUCCAUUUCAUUAGAUAAUUCUCAAACUUUUGGAAAAACGGCAUGUCAUAGUAAUGUGUUGACGGACUGCUCCAUUGAUCAAAAACCACAUUUCAGUAGCUCUCAGGGAGAAUCCUCAGUUGUUGACUCAAGUAUUGACAGUUGCACACGCACACCAGCCCAAAAUACCCGCAGUGUCCCUAAAGUUGCAGAUACUUCAACUGCGGAUUCAGAUGAGCGUCCGUUCAAGUGUCAUGUUUGCGGUAAAUGCUAUCGGCACUCGGGAAGCCUCAUCAAUCACAAAAGGUCUCAUCAGGUGGGAGUUUUUCAGUGCUCCGUCUGCAAAAAGAAUUAUCCUCACCUGGCAGCCCUUAAAAGCCACCUUCGUCUCCACAAAACCCAGUCGACGUCAUUCCGACACAGUGCAGAAGAAGACUGGUUGACCUCAAAACGCCAGAUUGUGGAUAAUCAGCACAGCUCCUUCUCUUUCCAAACGGAGCAAGUUGGCGGGGCGAAGCCCGUCCUUGAGGAGCCAGGGAUGGCCCACAGAGCACUGUACCAGGAGCAAUUUGAUCAGGACUCCUCCCCGGACAUAAUGACGCAUCUACCUCAGAAUGAAAAUGUGACGCAGAGACACAUGUGUACAGACUGUGGGGGGACAUUCACCGAUAUUGCACAGAUCAAAUCCCACAGUUGUCCUUUCUUGCUGCACCAGCCUGAGACAGCAAAUGCCGAAUACAUCAGCGGUUUCAACUUUCUUGUCGGUAACGGUCACAGGGCUGUUGGAAACCCAGAGGACAGCGUAGAGUUCCACAACCUGAACGGUAGACACAGUCAGAGUUUCUUUAAAGAGACUUUCCAUGAAAAUAUGAGCGGCACUCAGUUAAGUAAUGGAGUAGGAAACAAUAACCCUGUUGAGGAAGACGACAGCGAUCUUUAUCAGUGCUCUAUAUGUGGCAACAACUACUCAAGCAUGAGAGCACUCAGGUGCCAUCUCCGAGGGCACACCCAGUCCAGUGACACCCCUGCAAGCUCAGGACCCUCUCCCAUGUCCUCUCGUGAAGAUGUGAAAGAAGAAAAUGAAGGAGAGAUGAUGAUCUGCAGUACGUGCGGUGAAAGUUUUGCCAACAGGGUCGACUUGAUUAACCAUCAGAUUCUGCACAACAAAGACCAGGAAGAGGUUUUGGACCAAUCACAGAGUGAGGCUUCAGAAAGCAAAGAGGAUCAGCCAAUCAUCUGUGGCACCUGUGGCAUCUCCUGCACUAGUUACAAUCACCUCGACAACCAUGGCUGUACAGCCGAGAGGGGGGAUGAAUUGGUGGAGUGUAAACAGGAAGCAGAUAAUGUUUUCAAACAGGAGGAAACGAGUCCCAGAAGGGAACCCGAUGAUGCAGAGGAUCGUCAGUACAAGUGUGAGCAGUGUGGACGCUCAUACAGGCACGCCGGCUCUCUCCUCAACCAUAAAAAGUCCCACAAAACCGGCUUGUUCAGAUGUCAAAUCUGUCAGAAACGUUUCUACAACCUGCUGGCUCUUAAAAAUCAUCAGAGGUCCCACUUUGAUAUUAAAAGGUACACCUGUCACGAGUGCGGGAAAGCCUUCAAAAUUCAGAAGCAGCUGUUGAUCCACCUGAGGAGGCACAAACGGAACCAAGCCAAAAUGCAGGAACUCGGCAAUCAGAUCCAGGCCCUCAUGCAAAUGAACGGGUCCAGAUCAGAUGGAAAACUGUCAUUGUUACCUGCAAAUGCCAACCAUGCAUCUGCCUCUGCUCAGCACCCCGCGCAAGAGCCUGAAGGGAAAAGAGCAGAAACGGAGGCGGAGAGCUCUGUUACAUCAAAGGACGCCAGCGAUCAGCGACCUUUUGCAUGUGACCAAUGUGGGCGCACUUAUCGCCAUGCAGGAAGCUUGGUAAACCACAAAAACUCUCACAAAACAGGUGAAUAUUACUGUUCCAUUUGCAACAACACCUACUCUAAUCAACUGGCGAUGAAGAACCACCUGCGGACCCACUUUUUGUACAAACGACACACCUGCCAAAACUGUGGUAAAGGCUUCCGAGGAAAGAAACAACUCCUUGCUCACGUCUGCUCCGAUCUCAGAAAGGAUGGAGCUGCAGGCAGGAGGGUCCUGAAAUCCAGGCUUAUUAAAUGUAAGGACUGUAAACAAACCUUUCUCUCUGUUGACCAACUGUCAUCCCACACAUGCAAUGGACACCCAGACAGCGGGGAAUCCCAGCCAGAGUCCAACCCCAUCAAGGAAGAAAGGCCGUUUAGAUGCAACAUUUGUGGCCGCAGCUACCGCCAUGCUGGCUCGCUGUUGAACCACAAAAACACCCACAAGACGGGCCACUUCAGCUGCACCUUCUGCUCCAAGCCCUUCACCAACCCCAUGGCUUUGCGCAACCACACACGCAUCCACACGCAGAAGAAAAAGUUUGUGUGCCUCACGUGCGGCAAGGCCUUCCGCCUGGCCAGCAUCCUUCACAACCACCAGAGGAUUCACAACCGGGUGCUGAGUCACUUCAGCUGCCCUUCGUGUGGGAGGAGCUUCCAGAGCAGAUCCAGCCUGAGGAGGCACCACUGCCGCAGAGGUCAGGGGAGGAGCGUGCUCCCCGGAGUCCAGCGCUCGGACAGAGGAAGCAAAUGCUUCACGUGUGACUUGUGUGGGCGGUCCUACCGACACGCCGGCUCUCUCCUCAACCAUAAGAAGUCCCACUCUGAAAACCUCCACCACUGCGCCUUGUGCCUCCAGACGUUUCCCGACUCUCUCACGCUGCAGAUACACUCCCAAAUGAGACGCCACUGUUGCCCAGAGUGUGGUAAGACCUUCUGUCUGAUCACGCACCUGCAGAGCCACAUGGAGGUGCACUCCAAAGAGCAGGCUGUGGUCUGCGGCCUCUGCCAGCAGAGCUUUCCGGACGCCAGCAGCUACCAGCAGCACCAGAGCACUCACCACAUGGCCCAGAGCUCAUAUCCUCAAGGCACGGAGAUACCUGUAGAGAGCAGCCUUUCCUGGGAUUCUGUUAUUCCUGAGUCUUUGGGAGCGGGCGACACACAAAAACAAGGUCCACCAACAUUUUCCCAGCCUCCAAGAGACAUUUCUGAUUCCCAAGUGAGCACUGAAGGCUCUGCCUCACAGGAGAAGAGCCACGUCUGCGAGCACUGCGGGCGCACCUACCGCCACGCCGGCUCCCUCCUCAACCACAAGAACAGCCACAAGACCGGCGCCUUCUUCUGCUCAGUCUGCCACAAAGAGUUCACUAACCUGAUGGCCCUCAAAAACCACCGGCGCAUCCACACGGAGCCAAAACGCUACCAGUGCCUAGAGUGUGGGAAGGCCUUCCGGGUGUCCACGCAGCUCAUAUGUCACCGCAGGAUCCACACCAAGGAGAAGCCCUUCACCUGCCAGCUGUGCAGCAAGAACUUCUCCAGCAAAUCCAACCUGCGCCACCAUCAGAAGAUGCACCAGAGCUCCACCCAGACCUACAACACCUCCUUUAGCAUGGACUCAUUCAUGGACCUGGACAUGGGCUCUUUCCUAUGAAAGGACAGCAAAGCCUGUAACCUUCUUUUUCUGUGCGUUCCUCUAUUCAUAGUGUUUUGCGUUCUGAGGGUUCUCCAGCCCUCCUUUAGUGAGGAGUGUUUUUUUUAUUAAUACCCAUAAAACAGGACUUUUUCCUCAUAAAGUUAACAAGGAUGGUAAACAUAGUUUAAAACUGCACUGUUUUCACUCCUGUUUAGUGUUCAGUGCCUCUGUAAAUUCCUUAAAAAAAAACUACAAAUUUAUAAAGAAAUCUGCAGAUGUUCCUUUUCCUUUAAGGCAAAACUGUCUGUCAAUGAUUUCAAGGGUCAAAGCAAAUGACACAAAUAUUUAAGAAGUAACUGUACUGCUAAAAAUGAAUCUUCCUGUUCCACCGCAAAGCAACAUGGAUAUAUAUUUAAGGAUAUUUAUUCCAAUUUUGUGCACAACGUUCAAAUAUUUUUUAAAGAGUUUUGUAAAGUCUACGUAGCGUUUAAGGACCUUGUGGACGGUAGUCUGUCAGUCAAAACGGGUGGUAUGAAUGAGCCACAGUCAGGGCUGAACAUGAACACGACUGAUGUGUCGCUGAUCCGUUUCUGACGUUAUGGUUUAAAGUUUUUAAUAUUUGCAGGCAUGACGGUGAGAGCAGGUCUUAAUAAAAAAAAGUUCAUUUUCCAAUAAAAUCUGUUCUGUGAAAGAGCCAGUGCCAAAACUCAACAGUAGCAGUUUGAUACAAGGAAAUCUCAGCUACAACAGUGGCUUUUUUUUCUUUCUUAUAUUUAAAGCAUUUUCUAUCUUUUUUUUUUUUUUUUUGUCUUUUCUGAAACAAGUGACUUUAAAAUUCUUGAGAACAUGUUAGUAAAUUAUACAUUUUGUGCUUUGUGAAUCAAAUUUCAUCCUAGUUUGGCGCUGGUUUUAACACAAAAUACCUCAGAAUUCCUGCACACCCAACAGCUGCUAUCUACUUUCUUUGUACACAAGCUCACAGUCCAAAAGCCAGGUUUUAUUUUGAAAGUUUUAUGUUUUUGGCUGUUUUUAAUGCAUUAUACACUAGUUGUCAUUUUGUAGCAGUUUGAAUGGACUCAAAUUAACUUUCCCAUGUGCCAUAACUGUAAUUAAAGUCCUGCUUAAACUAAAAAUCUGAAUUUUAUGAAUUCCUUAACCUUUUUAAAUGCCAUAGCAGCAUGUAGGACGGAGGAAAAGCCGAGUUGUUAUUUCUUCUUCUUGUGCCAUCUUUUUGUUAUGUUACUUAGCACUUAUAUGUUCUGUACAUUUCAAAUGACAAUAUUGGAUGCAUCUUUGUACAUUUAUGGUCAGACUCUCAAAAGCAGGAGGAAACUGCUGGCUUCUCUUUUGUGUAAUAAAAAUUAACUUAAGUUGUG